AUGGCCCUCGCAGCCAUUGCUUUCUUUUCCUAUCCAGUGGCCAUUUAUUGGAUUGACUCGAAGAAGCUGCGGCGCUUUCCAGCAGCGAGCAUUUUUGCUCCACUCACUUGUCUCUGGAUCUUCUCUCAUUCACUGAGACGUCGGCGAUACAGAACCGUCUACGAUGCACAUCAGAAACUGGGUCCCGUGAUUCGACUCGCACCAGACCUUUUAUCAUUCUCUGACGCAGAGGCGUGCAAAGAAAUCUAUAGUCAUCAGGCUCCUGUCGUCAAGGCUGAACUCUAUUCCAACCUCGGCAAUGGAGUUCCUUCGAUGUUUCAGAUCAUUGGCAAGACUGAACACGGAAAGAGAAGGAAAAUGCUAUCACACGUUUUCUCAGCCAGGAAAAUCCACGAGAAGGAGCCUCGAGUUCUCGAAUUGGUGAAGACCUUGUGCCGUGAUCUGGAAAUCAAAUCUCGCGGAGAGCAGGUUGCACCUACGGAUGAAUAUCCGGCUGUGAAUGGAGCUUUCGAUAUACGACCAUGGAUGAAUAUGUUCUCUUUCGACGUUAUUACGGCAGUCUUUUGGUCGCACUCAUAUGGCUUCCUGGAACGAGGUAAUGAUCGCGCACCGGCAGUGGAUCUUAAGAACAAGGUCUUUGAAGUUCAUGCCAUGGACGCCGCACACUCUAAUACGAACUUUAUCGUUCCAUUUGCCCAUUUGCCACGAGUCUGGUGGAAACUCUCACAAAUACUCUUCAAUAACACCCAUGGAGCCCAAUCGGCGAAGAACUUCCGAUCCAUGGCUCGAUUCGUCGUCGUACGACGAAUCAAAAACCCCCCAGCCGAACCAGAUCUGUUCUCCAGUAUCCCUCUGAAGCCUUCCGAAAAGCAUCCAAACACGCUCACCUCUGAGGAACUGCUCUCGGAGUGCUCAACCAUGUUGAGUGCUGGUGCAGAUACUACCCAAACAUCGCUGACAAAUUGCCUAUACCACCUUUUAAAAAACUCCUCCAAGCUGAUUAAAUUGCGGAAAGCUCUUCUCUCUUCAGUACCGCCGGAAUCGCAGCCUGUUGCGAGCUAUACUGAACUGCAGAAUAUACCCUUCUUGAAGGCAGUCCUGGACGAAAGUUUCCGCUGCAGCCCACCACUUGGCUUUGGUCUUCCGCGACUUGUUACCCAACCCGGGAUGACCAUCCAGGGUCAUUAUAUCCCCCCUGGCGUCGUCGUGAGCUCCCCGCUCUAUAACAUCCAUCACGAUGAAACCCUCUUUCCAGAGCAGUGGAAGUUCAUUCCCGAACGAUGGCUUGAAGGUGCAGACCCGGACUAUACCCCCUCCACGGAAGAGACAGAAAACCUCAAGGCAUACGUUCAACCAUUUAGUCUUGGUGGUCGAUCAUGCAUUGGUCGCAACAUGGCUUACAUGGACCUCAGCAUCGUCAUUGCUGCGUUAGUCAUGGCAUUUGACUGGGAACUACGCGAUAAAAACCGGGAGAUGGAGUACGUGGAAAAACUGGUCACUAACCCAAAAGAGUUAUGGGUCAAAGCGAAGUUGAGGGAUGGUAUGGAUAUCAAUUCACAGCUAAAGAGACAAGCCUCCGCUUCAGCCCCGAAUCAAGCGUCCUAA